UUCUCGCCCGUCCCUUCCUGGCGGAGUUUCUGGAUGAUUGCGCUCUCAUUUCUGCAAUCCCAUUCAAUCGUCUAAUUUCACCUCUUCCAUCUACCACCUCAGUCCGAACCACUGAUCAGGGGGAGUGUGCGUGUACUCCACAUCAUCAAUCAUGGCUUCCCAGACUCCGGCCGUUGUCAUGGACAACGGUACCGGUUAUUCCAAGCUUGGUUUCGCCGGUAACGACUCGCCCUCUUUCGUCUUUCCCACCGCCAUUGCGACUAAAGCUGGUGCCGGAGGCGCUGGCUCCUCCGCUGCCGGUAGACCUCCUGUUGCGAACAAACCCUCCUUCCUAGCUACCGGUGGUGGGGCAGGCUCCCAUCUAUCCGCGAAGCGUGGUACAGAGGACUUGGACUUCUUCAUUGGCGAUGAAGCUCUGGCAGCGGCCAACGGGCCCGGUUAUGCUAUCAACUACCCCAUUCGCCAUGGUCAGAUCGAGAACUGGGAUCACAUGGAGCGGUUCUGGUCGAAUUCCAUCUUCAAGUACUUGCGCGUCGAGCCGGAGGACCACUACUUCCUCCUCACCGAGCCGCCCUUGAACCCCCCCGAGAACCGUGAGAACACCGCCGAGAUCAUGUUCGAGUCUUUCAACUGUGCCGGUCUCUACAUCGCCGUCCAGGCCGUCUUGGCCCUUGCUGCCUCGUGGACCUCCUCGAAGGUGACCGACCGCUCUCUCACCGGAACCGUCAUCGACUCCGGUGACGGUGUUACACACGUUAUUCCCGUUGCCGAAGGCUACGUCAUCGGAUCAUCUAUCAAGAGUAUACCCAUUGCCGGUCGCGAUAUCACCUACUUUGUCCAGAGCCUGCUCCGUGACCGCGGUGAGCCGGACAGCAGCUUGAAGACGGCUGAGAAGGUCAAGGAGGAGUACUGCUAUGUGUGCCCCGACAUCGUCAAGGAAUUCGCCCGCUACGACCGUGAGCCGGACCGCCUGCUUAAGCAUACUGUGACUUCGCCCAACGGCCGGACCGUGAGCAUCGAUGUGGGCUACGAACGUUUCCUGGCGCCGGAGAUCUUCUUCAACCCCGAGAUCUAUUCGUCGGACUUUUUGACCCCCCUGCCUAACGUCGUCGACGGCGUGAUUCAGUCUUCCCCCAUCGAUGUGAGAAGGGGUCUUUACAAGAACAUUGUGUUGUCCGGUGGAUCUACGCUGUACAAGGACUUUGGACGGCGUCUUCAGCGUGACAUCCGUCAUCUGGUGGAUGCACGCAUUCGGGCGUCGGAGGCGCGCAGCGGAGGUGCCAGAAGUGGUGGACUGGACGUGGCGGUUGUGACACACAAGAGACAGCGCCACGGACCGUGGUUCGGAGGUAGCUUGCUGGGACAGACGCCGGAGUUCCGCAGUUACUGCCACACCAAGGCAGAGUACGAUGAGAUUGGUCCUAGUAUCGUGCGCCGCUUUGCGCUGUUGGGAGGUCCUGGCAGUUCGUAAAUAUGUGGUUCUGUCUAUAGUUUAACUUGAUAUGCUCCUGCUUCUGCCAAUAUCCGGUGAUAGUAAAUAGAUGACGGUUAUCUUUUUGUCUUGCUUGUAUAUACUAAAUGUAUGUUACUCUGCUAUGUUCAGGACUGCCUUUUCCAUUUCCUCA